GUUCGGUGGCAGUUGAGAGUCGCGCACCGUUGCGCAGUGGCCGCUGUCCUUUCCUCCCCACGGAGUGAGUGAGGGGGUCCUCUUCCUGUUCCCAUGGCGACCGGGCGGCCUUUCCAGCUGGUGGUGUUUGGGGCCUCGGGCUUCACAGGGCAGUUCGUGGCCGAGGAGGUUGCUCGGGUGGCUGCCGAGGAUGAGCUGCGCGGCUCGCUCCGCUGGGCUGUGGCCGGCAGGAACCGAGAGAAGUUGCAGGCUGUGGUCGAAAAAGCGACCGCGAAACUGGGGAAGACAGAACUGAAAUCAGAAGUUGGCAUAAUACUGUGUGAUGUCGGUGAUCCAUCCUCUCUUGCUAGUAUGGCUAAACAAACUGCUAUUGUUUUGAACUGCGUAGGACCUUACAGGUUUUUUGGAGAACCUGUCGUGAAAGCUUGUGUUGAGAAUGGUGCAAGCUGUGUCGACAUUAGUGGAGAACCGCAGUUUCUGGAAGGAAUGUAUCUGAAUUACAAUGACAAAGCUGCAGAAAAGGGAGUAUAUAUUAUUGGAAGCUGUGGUUUUGACUCCAUUCCAGCAGAUAUGGGAGUUUUGUACACCAGAAAUAAUUUGAAAGGUACCUUAACUGCAGUUGAAAGUUUUCUGAAUGUAAAAUCUGGCCCAGAGGGUAGCUGUAUUCAUGAUGGGACCUGGAAAUCGGCUGUAUAUGGCAUUGCAGAUCAAGACAAUCUGAAGAAAGUUCGAAGGCAAAUAGGGUACAAACCCCUUCCAGUGAUUGGAGCAAAACUUAAGAGAAGAGGUGCAGUGUUUUACAGUAACGAACUCAAACAGUAUUCCAUUCCAUUCAUGGGAUCAGAUGCCUCUGUAGUAAAACGAACUCAACGCUAUUUGCAUACACAUCUGCAAGAAACACCUGUGCAAUAUGCUGCUUACUCCACUGUCGGUGGUAUUGGAUCUGUCAUUAAGCUAAUGUUUGCUGGCUUUUUAUUUUUAAUGCUUGUGAAAUUCAACUUUGGAAGAAAGCUCCUGAUAAAAUAUCCUGAAUUUUUUUCUGGAGGAUAUUUUACAAAGGAAGGACCAACAGAGAAACAGAUGGAAGGAUCAUCCUUUGAAAUGACAUUUUUUGGAGAGGGAUACAGCACAGGCCAAGAUCCACAGCAGGGCAAACCAAAUGUUAAAAUAUGCACUCAAGUGAGGGGACCAGAGGCUGGCUAUGUUGCUACACCUAUAGCAAUGGUUCAGGCAGCUGUGGCCCUUCUAAAGGACAAGAGUUCUCUUCCUAAAAAAGGAGGUGUCUAUACUCCUGGGGCUGCAUUCUCCAAUACAAAACUUAUUGACAGACUCAACAAGCAUGGAAUUGAGUUCUCUGUUAUUAGCAAGCCUGAAGCCUAAAAAAAACAUUCCGAAGAGACAGCAGGACCAGCAAGCCUUUGUAUGGUACUUGCACACCAAAAAUAUCAAUUAAGAAGGGUUGCUAAGUUUAAUAAAAUACUUACAAUUGUUUUUAUAUGUAAUAUGAGCACUUGUUCCAUAUUGUUGCUUGAAAUGGGAGUAAGGAGGUCUUGCAUUUUCACAACUGGAAAUGUGUUUAAGGGAGCAUGGAGUGGUUAAGCUAAUGAAAAGAGUAUUGUUAGAAUUAUAGAAACAAAUGCUUGAAACUAAGAAAGUUGUCUAAUAUAAUUUGAUAGAAAUUAAAUUUUAGCUAUGGUAAUUAGUAAUCUGCUCAUUUUUUAAAGUAGUAACUACGAAAGCAUUACUUAUUUUUUUGUUUAGAAUUCUGAACGUUGUUGCUGAUUUUAUUAUAAAACUGUGCCUUAACUGAUCCAGUUUUGGAGAUAGCAGAGCAGUGUUUGUGAAGAAAACUAAUGUCUUGUUGGGGCAAAAGGCUGGUGUCAGUAUUCCAUCAAUUUUGAUUUAGUUGUCUCAGGACUCUUCCACAGAGAGGCCUCUACCCAGUUGCACUUAGCCAUGAUUAAGGCUGUUAUCUAUACUUAUUAGAAAUAAGCUUCAUUGAUCCUUAGUGCCCAGUCACAUGUAUGUUUAGUCAAAUAAGUAUUUUAUUAACACCAGUGGAACAAAGUAGUUGGGCUUAACAUAGUCCUUAUGAGGCCUAGUCCCAAUUAGGUGUACUGCUAUUCAGUGGAAUGUUUUUCUAAAUCAAAUUGAGCUUUGUUUAGAAACAUUUAUGCUGUUUGAAUAGUAGCUUCGUAAACUUCCACGAGUAGCUGACAUUUCUUUGCUAUGGAGAUAAGCUUAAGGCAGGGGAAAAUAGGGUACUAAUGUGUAAAGAAGAAAGUAUUUCUAGUUGCUGUUACUUUCUUUUGUUCUUUCACAAUGUAAUAAAAGAGGGUUGCAAAUCUA